CAGUGAGUGAGACAGUGUUCACAGUGAGCAGUGACUGGCAGGCAGUGAGUGACUGAAACGCUUAUCCAUUGGACGCAUACACUGUGUAUCGCAUAGUCUCUCGCAUAGCCUUCCCAUAGACUGAGGCAUACAUUGAGUGCUUGUAUUGUAUUUCACAUUACAUUGAGUGCUAUAUUGAAGCGAUUGACUGAUUGGUGAGUCGACCGCCGAUUCAGACCAACUGAACCACACAUUCAUGAAAUGACAGACCAGUCGACUCUUCUGCUCAGAAAACAACUCAAUGACCUCAAGAAGAAUCCGGUGGAGGGCUUCUCAGCGGGUCUGGUGGACGACGACGACAUCUACAUCUGGGAAGUGCUGAUCAUCGGUCCGCCCGACACUCUGUAUGAGGGCGGGUUCUUCAAAGCGCACCUAAACUUUCCCAAAGACUACCCGUUAAGACCUCCAAAAAUGAAGUUCGUGACAGAGAUCUGGCACCCGAACAUCGACAAGAACGGUGAGGUCUGUAUAUCCAUUCUUCACGAGCCGGGAGACGACAAAUACGGCUACGAGAAGGCGUCCGAGCGUUGGCUACCCGUGCAUACCGUCGAGACGAUCCUCAUAUCUGUUAUAUCGAUGUUAGCCGACCCUAACGAUGAGUCCCCGGCCAAUGUGGACGCGGCGAAGGAAUGGAGAGAAAGCUUCUUAAACUUCAAGCGAAAAGUGGCUCAAUGUGUCCGAAAGAGUCAAGAAAUUUAAUAAUUACUUUUAUACGGGUGAGACACUAACCCCCACGCCCUCCUCCCCCUCUACCCCCUACAACACUACUCUCUAAGUGUUCAAUACUUCGACUCUUCUUUUGAUAAUAACUAUAAAAUUGAAUUCAAAUUUAU